AUGGGGAGGAAGUCCAACAGAGCAAAGGAAAAGAAAGCCCGGCGUCAGGAGGAGAGGGCGGCCAUGGAUGCUGUGUGUGCCAAGGUGGACACGGCUAAUAAGCUUGAUGACCCUCUGGCCGCCUUCCCAGCCUUCAAAAAGUACGACAGAAAUGGGCUAAACCUGCAGAUAGAGUGUAAGAGGGUGACCGCCCUCAACCCGCUGUCUGUGGAGUGGGCUUUUGAACUCACCAGAGCCAACAUGCAGACCCUAUACGAGCAGAGCGAGUGGGGAUGGAAGGAGAGGGAAAAGAGGGAGGAGAUGAACGAUGAGAGAGCCUGGUACCUGCUGGCCCGUGACUCCGACUCCGCCCCAGUGGCCUUCUCCCACUUCAGAUUUGAUGUGGAGUGUGGGGAGGAGGUCUUAUAUUGUUACGAGGUGCAGUUAGAGAGCAAAGUGCGGAGGAAAGGGCUCGGCAAAUUUCUCAUCCAGAUACUACAACUCAUUGCCAACAGCACACAGAUGAAAAAAGUGAUGUUGACAGUCUUCAAACACAACCAUGGGGCUUACCAGUUCUUCAGAGACGCGUUACAGUUUGAGAUCGACGAGACCUCCCCGAGCAUGUCCGGCUGCUGCGGUGACGACUGCUCCUACGAGAUUCUGAGCAGGCGGACCAAACAUGGCGAGGCCUCUGCGGGCCACACCCACGGGGGCGGCCACUGUGGCGGCUGCUGCCACUGA